CAACAUGAUGAAAAAUGGGGAAGAUAUUCAAAUAAGUAAAGGUAAGGAAGUGAUUUCUCUGACACAGUCGCAAUUGGAAGAUGUGUAAGGUAAGAGUGAUAACAGUUACUGUAGACGGGGAAGAUGCUAUUAGUCCGGCGACGAAAGGGGUUGAGGGACACCGGGGGAGGGAGGGAGUAAUUGACUAGAAAGAGAAGCAGAGAGAAAAGGAGAAGGAGGAGAAGGAAGAAGAGGUGAUGAUAAGAAGGCAGGAAGAGAGAAGAGGAGAAGCUGGAGGAACGAAGCUAAGCCGAGGGGGAAAGAAGCAGCAACAGCAACAGCAACAGCAACAACAACAAGAUUCAAGAAGGUGCCACAGGCAGUUUAGUUCCUUUUCUCCAGUCUUUCUCUCUAUCUGUCUGCAUGCCUUUCAUUAUAUGUUUAUUUGUUUAGGUUGUCACCCCCUUCCUCUUGGAAUCUUUUCCCUUUUUUGGGGUUCCGCUAUUUCCUUAGUAUUUCUAUCUUUGUGCUUUCCCCGCAACUCUCUCUUUCUCUUCUUUGCCUUUAAUUUCUCAACCUUGAUUUUUUGUCCGUGGUUGCCGCGUGAAUGAAAUAUGACUACUAUCAAUAACAAUGGGAAUUUUUCCGUGCACUAGCGAACAGGCUAACAUGACUAGUCUAGUCGACGGAAGAUGGAGACAGGCACUGAAGUCCUGGUGUACGGUG